AUGAAGCUCCUCUUCUUGAUCUGUGCUGCAACCUUUGCCACCCAGAGCAUCUUGCCGGGUCCACCGUCCGUAGCAGCCUUGACGUUGACACCACCCAGAAAUAAUCCUAUACCGUUACGAUUUUUCGUUGGUGGCCUGGGGUAUUGUGGAUCUCGCUUGGCUCUUGAGUUGCGUCAAUCCUUUCCGUCCAGCCAUAUUGCCGGUUGUGUCCGAUCAGAAGAGUCUCAAAGAGCAAAACGCAAAAUUCUCCAGCAUGCAAAUAUUCAUGUUCAUGUAAUGGAUCUGGAUCAAGAAUACAAAGGACUUGAUAGUGAUGGAUUAAAGGAUCUGUCCUUGGCCACGCACAUAGUCGAGACGAUUGCACCCAUUGCCGAUUUCAAUCGAGAUCCGCUGUUGGCACUGCAUGCAACGAGACUCCAAGACUCCAAAAGUUGCAAUGGGUUGGCUACUUGUCGUCGACCGGAGUAUACGGAGAUCAUCAAGGAGACUGGGUCGAUGAAGAGGCGGAAUCGAAAUGUACCGAUGACAAGAGUCUCGCGCGCAUUCAAGCUGAAACAGAGUGGCGACAAUUGGAGCAGCAAGCUACUGUCCGAGUCGAUUGCUUUCGCAUCCAUGGGUACGGUGCCUGCUGACAAUUCCAACAAUUCCCCACCCAAAUAUGUCAACCGUAUUCUAGUGGAUGAUAUUUGUGCUGCCAUGGUGGUUUGCAUUCAAAAAUCCACUAGUAUGGGAGGAAAAGGAUCCACCUACAAUUUGGUAGAUGACGAUCCAGCGCCACGAAGAAAUGUCAUGAAAGAAGCACGCAGGUUGCUACACGUGGAUGAUGCAACGGACAGUGUCGUUGCCACUCAACCGAAACGUAGACCGGUAAGCCGUAACACUGGAAACAAACGGUGUCUCAACCAAAGACUCAAAGACGACUUUCCGGAAUGGGUACAACAGAGAGUGGCCCCGACCUAUCGCGAAGGACUGGCAUACCUAUUGCAACAGCAUCAAGAAAACAAAGUCAAUCUGGAGGACAGAAAUCAACCUAGCCAGGUACCGUAG